UGCGCAUGCGCGAGACACUUUUCGUGGCGUUCCGACUGGGAGUUCUUCCCCGAGUGCACGUGGAGCGGGCCUGGGUUGGAGGCGCUGUGUCUACCGUAGCCAGGUUUAACUAAGCGGAGCCUCCAGUACCAUGGGGCGCAAGUUGGACCCUACGAAGAAGGAGAAGCGUGGCCCCGGCCGAAAGGCUCGAAAACAGAAGGGUGCGGAGACCGAACUGGUCAAAUUCUUGCCUGCAGCUGGUGAUGAGACUGUCAAGAGGCUGUCCAGUCGUGCUCGGAAGAGGGCAGCCAAGAGGAGGUUGGGGUCUGGUGAAGUCCCUAAGCCAAAUAAGUCUCCAGGGAUCAAAACGUCACCUGGAGAACUAUCAAAAGGAGCAGUCCAGGCUCGAGGUAAGAAGCGCCCAGCACCAAUUCCGAACAGUGACGGGGGCGAGGAGGAAGACUCUGAGGAAGAUGGUGUGACGAACCAGGGGGACCUUUGGGGCUCUGAGGACAGUGAUGCAGAUAUGGUGGAUGACUACGGAGCUGACUCUGACUCAGAGGAUGAAGAGGGAAAGUUAUUGCCCAUUGAGAGAGCUGCUCUGAAGCAGAAGGCCCGCGAAUCUGCAGCAGGAGGCCAGUGGAGCGAAGAGGAGACGGAUGAAGAGGAAGAUGAUGAAGUCUCCCCCACGUCCCACCUCAAAAAGGAUGACAAAACAGAGGGGGAUUUGCAGAUUAAUGUGGAGGAUGAGGAAACCUUUGUGCUGCCCCCUGCUGGGGAGGUGGAGCAGGAUGCCCAGGCUCCAGACCUGCAACGAGUUCACAAGCGGAUCCAGGAUCUAGUGGGGGUGCUUCGGGAUUUUGGGACUCAGCGGGAAGAAGGUCGGUCUCGUUCUGAGUAUCUGAGUCAGCUUCGGAAGGAUCUGGCCGCCUACUAUUCUUAUGGAGACUUCCUGCUCGGCAAGCUCAUGGAGCUCUUCCCUCUGUCUGAGUUGACAGAGUUCUUAGAAGCUAAUGAGGUGCCCCGGCCAGUCACCCUUCGGACGAACACCUUGAAAACCCGACGCCGAGACCUCGCUCAGGCUCUAAUCAAUCGUGGAGUAAAUCUGGAUCCGUUGGGGAAGUGGUCAAAGUCUGGACUCGUGGUGUAUGAUUCUUCAGUGCCUAUUGGCGCUACUCCCGAGUAUCUGGCUGGCCACUAUAUGCUGCAGGGAGCAUCGAGCAUGUUGCCUGUCAUGGCCCUGGCACCUCAGGAACAUGAGCGGAUCUUGGACAUGUGCUGUGCCCCUGGAGGGAAGACCAGCUACAUAGCUCAGCUGAUGAAGAACACAGGUGUGAUCCUUGCCAAUGAUGCCAACGCAGAGCGGCUCAAGAGUGUCGUGGGCAACCUGCAUCGGUUGGGGGUCACCAACACCAUUAUCAGCCACUAUGAUGGGCGCCAGUUCCCCAAGGUGGUGGGGGGCUUUGACCGAGUGCUACUGGACGCUCCCUGCAGCGGCACAGGCGUCAUCUCCAAGGACCCUGCUGUGAAGACGAACAAGGAUGAGAAGGACGUCCUGCGCUGUGCCCACCUUCAGAAGGAGCUGCUGCUCAGCGCUAUUGACUCCGUCAACGCUGCCUCCAAAACGGGCGGCUACCUGGUCUACUGCACCUGCUCCAUCACGGUGGAGGAGAAUGAGUGGGUGGUAGACUACGCCUUGAAAAAGAGGAACGUGCGGCUGGUGCCCACCGGCCUGGACUUCGGCCAGGAGGGCUUUACCCGCUUCCGAGAAAGGCGCUUUCACCCCACUCUGCGCUCCACCCGCCGCUUCUACCCGCACACCCACAACAUGGACGGUUUCUUUAUCGCCAAGUUCAAGAAAUUUUCCAAUUCUAUUCCCCAGCCCCACACAGGAAACUCAGCAGCAGCAGCUACCCCUGCGGAGCCUGCGCUGGAGGAUCAGGUGACCCCAAAGUCUGAGAACAGUCGUCAGCCGUCCAAGAAAGCCAGUGGGGCUGCACAGGCAAAGCAGCAGGUGUCGAAACAGCAGCAUCCCAAGAAGGCUUUCCAGAAGAUGAACGGCACCUCCAAAAGGCCUGGCUCAGAACUGUCCACUGUGCCUUCUGUCCCAAAGGCCCAGGAGAGCAGUCAGCCUGAUGGAAGAGCUGAUGUGAGCAGGAAACUGAAGGUGGCUGGGAAGCUGAAGCCACGGCAGCCUAAGUCCAAGCACUCCAAGGAAUCUCCUUUCCCAAAGCAGAAAGCCCCUCCCACGGCCAUGGACUCAGGAACAGCAGCUGGGCCCACUCCCUCUGAGAUUUGCACUGCCCCAAGUCUUAAAGACUGUGGUCAGUCCUCUGGGAAAGCCAAAAAGAAAGUAAGACCUGCCAAGAGAGCUGCUUCCCUGAAGGAGGAUGGUGCCCCCAAGGGACCCUCAGUCCUCACGGGGUCUCCUCACAGUUCCACCAGGCCCCCGCCAGCAAAAAGAAGGAAGUCUGUGACAAAGGGCAGCACCCAGCCGCUGUUGGCUUAAGUGGACUUGGAAACUAGACUGUUGACUCACACCAUCUCGGGGUUGGGACUCUUAAUAUCCUGUGAGGAUGGCCUCCUCAUUGGGCAUACAUAUGAAAUUUAAUAUACAUUUUACCA